AGGGUGUGGGUACUUAGUCAGUGGCAGUGGUUUACACGAUCCUCGGCCAUGUUGUAGUGGCAAAGUCGACUCUGUCAUCUUAAAAUCAAAAAAAAAAAAGCCAAAAAAGCUUAAAAAGUGUACCGAGAGAAUAAAUAGCAAAAACAGGAGUUAGAUGCCCGUCGUCUGGAUCACCUGGCAGUCUUCCCGAGCUCGACAAUGAGUUGGGGCACUGAACUUUGGGAUCAGUACGACAAUUUGUCGCUACACACGCAGAAAGGAAUCGAUUUUCUUGAGAGAUAUGGACACUUUAUUAGGGAUCGGUGCAAAAUUGAGACGGAGUAUGCUGCUAAUUUAAGGAGGUUAGUAAAAAACUAUUUGCCAAAAAAAAAAGAAGAAGAUGAUUACCAAUACAGUCCCUGCCGAGCAUUCAAGCUAGAACUCAACGAAGUAAAUGACCAAGCGGGUCAAAGAGAGGUCAUCGCUGAGAAUUUGACCGCCAAUGUUCUCAAAGAAUUAAACAUCCUGGUGAAGGACUUUAAGGAGGAUCGGAAGAAGUACCUCCAAGAAGGUGCGAGACUGAUGUCCACUUUGACCGCGCAGAUCCAAAGUCUCGAGCGAGCUCGGAAAGCCUACGAGAAGGCUUUUCGCGAAUCCGAGCGCGCUUUGGAGAAUUACCAUCGGGCUGACGCGGAUUUGAAUUUAUCCCGCGCUGAGGUCGAGAAGCAGAAGAUGAAUAUGACCUUGAAGACUCAGCAGAGCGAGGAAGCCAAAACUGAGUAUGCUAAUCAGCUGCAGAAGACUAAUGAGAUGCAGACGCUUCAUUAUCAUACUGCUAUGCCGCAAGUUUUUCAUCAGCUUCAGGAAUUGGAUGAAAAGCGGAUAAAAAACAUGCGGAACUACAUGCUAAAGUCCGUUGAGAUCGAGCGGGCUGUAGCGCCAAUAAUAUCGCAGUGUCUCGAAGGGAUCGAGAAGGCCGCGAACGACGUUAACGAGAAGGAAGACACACUCCUGGUGAUCGAAAGAUUCAAGAGCGGGUUCCAGCCCCCGGGAGAUUUUCCCUUCGAGGAUCUUUCGGUGGCCAAGUCUUACGACAGCAACACCCAGCUGUCCCAGACCGCGACCAUGCAGCCGAUCCACAACCACUUGACUGUUAAGGGGACAGUUUCUGGCGGGAAAAUCAAAAAACGCGUCGGGAUCUUCGGGAUCUUCAGCAGCAACAAGAAGUUGAUCGAGGUGUGCAUAGCUUUAAAGAACAAUGUACCUGGCUACGGUGACGCCGCGAAGGAGGACUGCAGUGACCUCCCGCCGAACCAGCGGAAAAAGCGGCUCCAGCAGCGGCUGGACGAGAUCCAGGCGAAAAUUGCUCAGGAAACUGCCGCGAGGGACGCACUGAUGAAGAUGAAAGGAGUUUAUGAACAGAACCCCGCGUUAGGUGACCCCAUGAGCAUAGAGGGCCAGUUGAAUCAGUCGGGUCAUAAAUUAGAUAAGCUGGGGACUGAGCUGAUCAAGUUCCAGGGUUAUCUCGAUGAUGCCAUCAAGACUGGAGUCGGUUUGUCCAGUCCGAGUCAAGCGCAAAGAAAAGCCCCGACGAGUAACGGUUCAUCAGUAAGAGUAAAUUCUCGGCGAUCAAGUCACUCAGGAGGUGAAGAAAGCCUCUCCAGGUCGGCGUCGGAUUCCAGUGUGGGGAACGCACACGCUCAGGCGCACAAGCAAACGACGUCCCCGAGCACUCCUCAGCCCACCCACGAUUCCACGAAUAGCCCGGAGUCUGGUCUUGGUGCUUCAAGGACGUCACUUCCUGGGAGCAAUGCUGAGGAGUACGACGUCGAUGAACUCGAUGCUCAGCCGCCGCUUGGGACCUGUCGCGCUCUCUAUCCUUUUGAUGGGACAUCCGAAGGAUCAAUCCCGAUGUACGACGGCGAGGAGCUCUACAUGAUAGAACUGGACCAAGGGGACGGUUGGACGCGGGUGCGGCGAAUGUCUAAUCCCGUGGAAGGGUUCGUGCCGACUUCGUACAUAGAGUACCAGCUGUUCGACACCUAACCUCGUAACGCCCCUUAAUAUAAUAAAAACAAAAUAAUUACUAACAGUUUUUAAUUGGGUAAGUCGAUUUAAUACUCAGAUAAGAACAAAUAAAGCUAAUCGUGCAAUCUGUUCUAAAGUAACUUCUCUAUUAUUAAUUAAUUAUUAUAAACCAUAACAAUUAUUUUACGACACGCAAUAAGAGAAAGUCCAAGUGCUUAUGUAAUAAUUAAUAAUUAAUUAAAUAUAAAAUGAUUAAUCAUUAAUUAUAAUCGAGAGAAAAUGGAUCCUCUGCUUCAUUCUGUCUCGAUUGCGUGCUUGUCACACUACGUGUGCUUUUUUAUGGUAUUAAAUUCGUGUAUCCUUUUUAUUAAUUCAAAAAUUAAAAUUAAAGACUAUAUAUAUUAUAAAUAUAUAAAUAAAAAUGUAUAUAUGACGGAGGGCUAAGGGUAGCUUAGAAUUAGUUAUAAUUAUUUAAUUAUUAUUUCUCUGUACAGGAGAUUGUAAUUUGUUAAUUUAAGCUUGCAUAUUGUGCGCUGAGUGAUUAUUAUUAUUUUGAUUUUAUUUUUUAAGAUUUUUUGAGUCUAGUUUGUUGAGAUCGGGAAUUUGGUUUCUAAACUAUAAUUUUUAUUUGAGAAAUAAUUGACUUUAGAAAAAAAUCUUUGGGACAAAAGUUGUAGCUUAUAUUCUCUUCUUUAAGACAAAAUUUGUCCGGUU